CUACAAAAACACUUCUUCUCCUCCUUUCUCUUUCAUGGCCCGUUUGAAUCCAGAAGCUCCUGAAUUCAAUCCGCUCUUGAUUCCUUCAGUUCCUUACUUCCAUUCAAACCCUAGCUUCUCCUAUUCAUCUUCUUCCUCAUGUUGCUAUCCAACUCUCUCUUAUCUAGACACGGGCCCACCAUACGUCUCCAUCCAAAACACCAGCUUCUCUUUCCACAUGGGCCAACCUUGGCCGGACCCACUUAUGAAAGAUCCAUUCCUACAUGGACUUUCAUGGGAUCAACAGACACCUUCUCUCUCUCUACUCCCUGCAGUGCCUGUGCAUGCACCGCUAUUAAUAGAAGAAGAGGAAUCGAGAGAAGGAGGUGAGGGUGUUGUUGCAGCAAGGAGAGCUGAGAGGGUGAGUAGGGUUCGUCGGCAGCACCGACGUAGGAUAGAAGGGAUCGAAGAAGGAAAAGGAAAGCAGGUUUGGAAACCAAAGGUAGAAAAUAGAGAGAGCAGCAGCGAUUCAAAAGAAGAAGGAAUGCAAGUGAAAGCUGUUGAAUUUCGUGGUGGGAAGACUACUCUCAUGAUCCGAAACAUACCCAAUAAGUACACGAGGGAGAUGUUAUUGGAAUUGCUGGACAAGCAUUGCAUGGAAGAGAACGAGAAAUUGGGUGGAGAAGCUGACGAUUCAAACCAGGAUUUCUCAGCAUAUGACUUCGUUUAUCUCCCUAUUGAUUUUGGGAGCGGGUGUAAUCUGGGCUAUGCAUUCGUGAACUUGACGUGCGAACCAGCUGCAUGCAGGCUGCACCGUGCGUUGCACAGGCACAGGUGGGGUAUCCUUGGCUCCAAGAAGAUCUGCGAGAUUUCUUAUGCGAAGAUUCAGGGAAAGGAAGCUUUGUUGAAGCACUUCCACAUUUCAACUUUCACGUGCGACUCGGACGAGUUCCUCCCAAUCACUUUUGAGCCGUAUCGUAACGGUUCGUCUCAGUUCGAAGCUUGUACCAUUGGCAAACGUAUCACCCGUUCCGACAUUUCAGCUUCGUGCGGAUGAAAGAGCAAACAAGGGCAAGUGUAUAUAGUACAUCAACUUGUGUUUUGUGUUUUCUUCCAUUGUACACGUGGCAUGUAUGUAUGGGAAUCCAAUCAGGGCCGUCCAAAUUGUGGAGCCCAUCGUGGAUGGGAAUUUAGAUGUGAAAUCUCACUGGUUGGAUGAUCCAAGAACUUAAAUGGCGGGCCCACUGGCCACUAACUAGGUCAGCGGUCCUAAUUCAAUGGGAAAACUUGGAUGGUUUAGGUCGUACAGUCAGUGUGAUUUUACAAUCAUCUCAUCGACGAUGAGGUGGAUA